AUGGCUGCAACACAAAGUCGUAUUCAAAAUGCAUUCCAAGCUGCCAUGCACGAAUUCAAAAAAAAUCUGAACAACGAUGAAGUUUACGCUAAGAUCCUUGCAGUCACAUCUAUUGAUGAGGUUUAUGACCUCACCGACAAGCUCCAGGUUCAUCAGAGCAGAAAAGAGGACCUUCGCCAUCUAGCCAAAAUCGAGCGUUAUCUCGACCGUCUUCGAGGAUAUACUGGCGUCAUCGAUACUUUUGUCCAGGUACAUCCGGAAAUCAUGGCAUUGAUCUGGGGUCCGAUCAAGCUGCUACUGCAUUUGAGUAGCGUCCUGAAACAAUCAUUUGACGCUAUUUUGGACACAACAGCAGACAUUGGACAGUUGUUGCCGGAGUUCCAGGAAGUUACAAUCUUGUUCUCGCAAAAUGAUAGGGUAUACGAUGUUCUGGUUCUGUUUUUCAAGGACAUCCUAGACUUUUACCAGAUCGGCUUAAGGUUCUUCACAAUGCCACGCUGGAAAUACUUUUUCGAGGCCCUGUGGCCGCGGAAAAAAGAGCACAUCAACCUGGUGAAGACUCUCAUCGAAAGACACGCUCUGCUGAUGCGAAAUGAAGUGAGGUUGGAGCACAUUUGGGAGGAGCAUGAUGCCCGCUCGAGGGCCUUUGAGGAUUUCAAGAAUGCUGAAAAAUCACACCGUUUGCAGCAGUUUUACGCUAUCAAGGCGGACAUGAGUCCGAGGACAUAUGACGAUAAACUCAACUGGCUCCAUAGCCGUGUCUGCGAAGGUACAGGGACUUGGCUGUUUCAAGACGACAUGGUGAAGGAUUGGCUAGAUGUCGGUCAGGGCGCUCCAAGGGUCCUGUGGCUUCAAGGAAUUCCAGGUGCAGGAAAGACGUUUCUUGCGGCUUCCGUGGUGGACAUGGCUUAUCCCAUCGGUCAUACUGCCUUCGCCUUUCUCAGUCACGCCUUCAGCAGCAGUACUUCGGCCCUAAGUGUUCUACACUCGCUUCUAUUUCAACUGGCGUCCCAACAUGAGAACCUCCAAGAUGUACUCUGUCACUCAACUAAUGAACAAAUCAAGAGCAAUGUUACCGUCGCGGUCAAUACACUCAAAGCCGUUCUGGAUUGCGCCGGCCGGGUCUUCCUCAUUAUUGAUGGGGUGGACGAGAUAGACGCCAUUGAGCGUGGACUGCUGUUGGGUAAACUCUUGCAUCUAUCUCAUGAAUGCCAUGAGAUGCGCAUUUUUAUCAGCAGCAGAUGUGAGGAGGAUAUAACAGAAAUUCUCAAUGACAGCUCGAAAAUGAUUCGGGUUGAUGGAAGAAAUGAGGAAAGCAUCCAAGCCUUUGUUGACUAUCAGCUGAAGCAUAUUUUCCAGAGUAGAAGAUUUGCUCCUCAAAUCCAGGAUGGAAUAAAGCGCUCGUUGGCACCGCUUGCAUCAAAAGCCAAGGGGAUGUUCCUGUACGCCAAACUUGUCUUGAGCGGCAUUGAGCUGAUAGACGAUGUGGCUGAAAUCUGCGAAGACUUGAGCAUACUGCCAGAAGACCUGGAUGAUGCGUAUUCCCGAGUGCUUGUACGAAUCAACAAGCUGCGACCAUCAUCGGCUCGAGACAAGGCCAGAAGAAUACUGGCUUGGGUGGGCUGCUCGCCGACGCCGCUGACGGUCCAGGAGAUCGCACAAGCACUGACCAUUGUACCGGGAAGCUUUGAACUAGAGAAGAAGGUGUUGGCUAGUCCGCCCCUUAACAAACUAUGCGGACCCAUUAUCGAGAUAGCCGACGGAUAUGUACAAUUUGUACACUUUACUGUCAAGGAGUAUGCAUCGUGA